AUGAAAUCGUUAAUUUUAUAUUUAAAAAUUACUACAUUCCUUCUUUUAAUUUGGAUGUAUCAAUGUUUUUAUAACUGUGAUUCCUAUAAAUCUUUGAUUGAUAAAAAUAUAUUGCAAACAAAAAAUAAGCUAAAAUAUGAAAGAGUAUUAACAGAGGGUGAUAUAGCAGGAAAAAUGCAAACUUACUCUGAAGGAUGCCUAGAAGAAUGUUCAUUAGAUAAUAAAAAAAACAAAUGGGAAAAUCCGAUUCAAAACGAGAAUCCGCGCGAUCGAUGGCAGAGAAAAACUAAUCCGUUAUUCAGGAAAAUAUUUGAUAAAAAAACAAGUGAAAUGGACCCUAAAUGGAGAGACCAAAAAUGGAAUAAUGAAUGGAAUAAAAUUUCAGCUAACAAGGUCAAUGAACUAUCUUCAAUAUUUCAUCGAAGUGAUAUAUCAGAAGAAGAAAAAAAAGAAUUAAUUCGUAAUGUUAAGGAUGAACUCGACAUGGAAUUUUGGACAUUUUUAGAUAAAUGUAAGAAAGAGAUGACAGACAAUAAAUCAGAAUCCGAAUCUAUGAAAGAGAUGACAGACAAUAAAACAGAAUGCGAAUCUAAGAAAGAGAUGACAGACAAUAUAACAGAAUCCGAAUCUAUAAAAGAGAUGAGAGACGAUAAAACUGAAUCCGAAUCUAUGAAAGGGAUGAUAGAUAAUAAAACAGAAUCUGAAUAUAAGCUAGAGAUGAGAGACAAUAAAACAGAAUCCGAAUCUAGUAAAGUGAUGAGAGGCAAUAAAACGGAAUCCGAAUCUAAUAAUGAGAUAAGAGACAAUAAAACGGAAUCCGAGUCUAGGAAUGAGAUGACAGACAAUAAAACAGAAUCCGAAUCUAAUAAAGAGAUGAUAGACAAUAAAACAGAAUCCGAAUCUAUGAAUGAGAUGACAGACAAUAAAACAGAAUCCGAAUCUAAGAAUGAGAUGACAGACAAUAAAAAUGAAUCAGAAUCUAUUAAAGGGAUGAUAGAAAAUAAAACAGAAUCUGAAUUUAAGAUAGAGAUGGCAGACAAUAAAUCAGAAUUCGAAUCUAUGAAAGAGAUGAUAGACAAUAAAACUGAAUCCGAAUCUAUGAAAAGGAUGACAGACAAUAAAACUGAAUCCGAAUCUAUGAAAAUGAUGAUAGACAAUAAAACAGAAUCUGAAUCUAAGAUAGAGAUGACAGACAAUAAAACAGAAUCUGAAUCUAGGAUAGAGAUGACAGACAAUAAAACUGAAUCAGAAUCUAAGAAAGAUAUGAUAGACAAUAAAACACAAUCCGAAUCUAAGAAUGAGAAGGGAAAAAAUAAAAUAAAAAAUAAGAAAUCAAAUAUUUUGAAAUUUCUUUUUAAGAGGUUUGAUAACCAUUAA